CGCUAUAAUUCAAGCACAAAGAAAACACGCAUAUCUCCGCAAUAAAAUCACACGCAAAAUACAACUUAAACAAAGGCCAACAAGUUCUAUUUUACCUAAACACACAAGAAACUCUAGUUCUAUUCUCAACCCUAACAAUAGAUAAACAAAACAGAAUCAGGUAACUCUCAAAUGCCCCCGUAGCAUAAGCUAUAAAUUGCGGGCGGAGGCACACCAGACCACAGUAACGAACCCUCAACCGCCGCGCAAACAUCAACAAUGUACAAAAAAGUGCUAUUACUAUCUCUCUACCUAACAUCCACAUUGGCCGCACAAGAUGACCUCGGAUUUCGGUACAUCACCAAAGUUUACGAUGACUGCAAAAAUAAAGAUGGCAUCUUACCCUGUUUGAAGAAAAAGGCGAUUUUGUUCUUCGAUCGGGCAGCAAGGAUGCAAGUGAUUCCUUUAGUGGAUGGCGUUAAUGUUGUAAAGACGACUUCUGUUGAUACUCCGGCUAUGAACGAAGUGGAUAUUGAUGCUGUACUGCCAAGGAAUCUGGAUAAGAAUGAGGCACUCACGGAUAUGCUUUGGGAUCGAGUUGCAGCGUUCGCUAAUUCAAGGACGAUUCAGUUGUCGUUGCCCAAAAUGUCAGGACAUGAGUUGAACAAGGGUGUUGAAGAAGGUCGAGGGAAGAUGAAGAAGAUGAUGGGGAUGAUGAUGAUGGGAGCAGCGAUGAAGAUGGCGGCAAUGAUCCCACUGGCGAUAGCCGGGCUCUUCAUAUUGGCGGGCAAGGCGCUCAUAGUGUCAAAGAUUGCGCUCCUACUCUCAGGCAUCAUGUUACUGAAGAAGUUGAUGUCCAAGGGCGGUGGCGGUGGAGGUGGCCACGAGAGCAGCGGCUGGUCCUCCAGCGGCGGCAGCAGCGGCGGCUGGGACAGACGCGCGUACGACGAUCUCGCUUACUCCGGUUAUAAGAGGGAAUAGGGUGGGAAUGGGAAAUGUGGUCCUUAGUUGGUAACGCUUGGUGUUAAGAAUGUUUAUCUGUUUUCUUGAUUUUUGAGUCGCGGUUGAAUAUUUAGACGAUGCAAAAUUUUAACGAAUUGCU